GGCAUCUUACACUGGCUACAACAUUUUUUGAAUUGAUAGGGUACUGCAGUCUUUAAAGCCAUGGUCAUGUUAUACUAAUCAAAACUUAAUCAUUAACUUUACAAACACAUGGACAUGUAGGUUUCAUUGCAUGUCUUAUCGUACAUACCUAGCGUAGCCUUCAAUCGGCUGGAUAUGCUACAAGGAACAAGAGAAAAAAAAAAAAAAAAACCUCCGACGCGUCGCGUGUUCCACUUGACUUCACGAAUGACAAUCAUUGAUCGACAAACAUCCAAUACGUAACCUCGCCAUUUACGUACUAGUAUUAUACACAACAUUGAACAGGUGCAUUUACAAUUAUACUAUUAGCAUAGUAUAGUAUAUAAUCGCAUCAAUCAACCAAAAUACUAGCUUAGGUACCAGACAAGACAAGACAAGACAAGACAAGACAAGCGGACUCCGCGUAGCCAUGGCACGUUUAUCGUUGCCAACUGUCGCGCGACUGUCCUCAGCCUUACGAGUCGAUCCAGCGAAUACCACUGUAAUCAAAACCCUCAACCGCCUCUCGCGAUCAUCCCUUUUAUCACUUGUACUCGACUGGCUAGAUGAACAAAACCAAGCCUUAUGUCCGCCUCUCCUUCGACGCCCCGACGCCCCCGACGAUGAAGACGAAGAUGAUUUUUACCCCCCAGUGCAAUCUCUCGAUGAGUUGCGGGACCUAUUCGAAGCUAUGCAAGCGCGCAAGGGUGGCCGCCGCGAGGUCGUUGACCGCGUUUUGGAAGGCGACUGGAGGUACGGACUAAGCCUGUAUCAGCUCGCCAUGGCAGAUCUACAGUACCUAUACGACCACCCGGGCAGUCUGAAGUGGACAGCGUACCGCAUCCAGCGCCUUCGAACUCCGGACCACGAGGAGGACGCCGAAGGCCCGGAAAGGGCUGAUAAGGAGUCCCUUGUAGUCCCACGCUUCCACCCGUCGACUUUCUUGCAGAACUUGCAAGCCGAGGUCUUGCCCGAUGUCAAGGCGCAUUACAAUUUCGACCGCCCGAAGGGCAUGCCGUUAUUGCUACUGCGCAUCUUUAUCGUGGAUUCUCCUUAUAACACAGACCUAGCUGUAUCCACGCGGCACCGUGGCCGGAACGGGAUUGGUAGUAACUUACAUUCCCACGGCAACGCAACCACGAGCUUCGACGCCUCCCGCACUAUAUACAUCGCCUUCCCUGACGCUUCACCACAUAUAUACAUCUCCAAAUCUACUUCGGCUGCCGCCGGUUCAUCGUCAGCCGGCGCAGCCGCCAGCACUGCAGGCGAGGCCAAAAGCCUGCGUGCUCUCAUCGUCGAAGGUAUCCCUAAAGCGCUGUCGCGACCACGCGAGCGCUAUGCUCUAAAAGCCACAAACUUGACUACCAAGAACUUAGCCGCUAUGCUCGCGGUCAAAGGACCGGGCCGCACAAACGCCGCCGGAGGGGGCUGGAGUGUGUACGCCGGUACCGAGACGGCGGAUCUGAAGGUGGAUAAUCCGUUGCAGACGAUGUUGCCCACGCCCCCUCUUUCAGAUGCGUCGUCCGCGGAUGGGGAGAAGGAGAAGGAUGGCGAGGGAGCUGAACGCAAGAGGACGAGGGGAAAUGAAGAAGAAGAAGACUACGAAAAGCAAAGCAAGAAGGCAAAACUUACCGCGCAGGCAAGGUUUGGAAGCAGCGCGAAUAUGGCCGAUGGGAAAGGCAUCGAGAGGCUGGACGUCAUAAUCGAGGACCCGUUCCCCGUGGCCAAAGGCACUGCUCCCAUAACCACUAAUGACGACGAUGACGACGAAAAUACCCCGGUUCCCUCCGAAGCAUCGCGGCGGAAGUCAAAGGGGGGCAGAAGAAGCACGCUCGACUUCAGCAGUCUACCAGCGCAGCCGGAAGAAGACGAAGAAGGAGAAGAGGAAAUGGACAGAGACGGGGGCGCGGGGAGCUGGAGGCCGAAGGUCAAGCUCUCGUUUCACGGGUCCCAUGUCUUCGCCGGCCUGCGCCAGCUAGUCGAGGCCGGCAUUGUGGAUGGGGCGAGGAUGCCCGGUUGGAUGACGGGCGAGGAGGGCGUGACGAUUGGGGCGGUGAGGCAUGGGAGGAUUAGGGGGUUUAAGGGGUCGGGGGUGUGAUGGAGGUAGGUAUACAUGCAUGCAGGGGGGCUACCCACGCACAUUCACCACAAUUAAUCACAACAUCACCCACCCUUCCCUCUCCCUCCGAGAGAUAUUCGACGAGGGAUGGAAGGUUCACUUACUUGCAUAGCCCAGGCGUUUGGCUUGCUUUUUUUUUUUUUCGGUUUGCUAGCCGGUCGGCAUACCUAAGGAUAUUAAUAGGACGGGCGGACAGGCGGAUGGACGGACAGAUUUGGUGGAGGGCUGGCUACCUUUAGCCCCUAUCUAGGUACCUAGGUUACUUGUCUAUGUGCCUAUUAAAUACUUGGCUUGCAGUAUAUAUCGUAUGCCUACCUAGGUAAUAGGUAACCCCCUAUCUGAAUCAGGAAUCGAGGAGGCUUUCAAGACGCUUUUGUG